AAACCAACGGUCGAAAGGUCGCCACUUUCCUGGACUGCUUCUUCUCUGAGAAACUAUGGCGGUUACUUUCUCUGCAACGCUCUUCUCCAGCACCCUCCAGCUUAAUCGGACCACCAAUCGCAGUUCUCCACGUGUAUUCCCCGCGCAAUCUUCGAAUUUGAAGUCCGGCUUCGUCCUCAAUGUCAACAGCUGCAACGGAAUCGUCAAGUUCUCACCGCGCCAAUCCGCCGUCGUAGCAUCCGCCGUCUCUGGCUCCCCCGGGAUUGACUCUUCUUUGAGCGGUGAAGAUGCGGCGAGUUUAAUGGAAACGGUGAAAGUAUUUGAUUUGAACGGGAACGGGAUUCCGAUAUCGGAUUUGUGGAAGGACAGGACAGCUGUCGUCGCGUUUGCGCGCCAUUUCGGAUGUGUCUUUUGCCGAAAGCGGGCUGACUAUCUUGCAUCAAAGAAGGAUAUAAUGGAUGCAUCUGGUGUGGCGCUUGUUUUAAUCGGACCUGGUAGCACUGAUCAGGCAACAGCAUUUUCUGAGCAAACAAAAUUCAAAGGAGAAGUUUACGCUGAUCCCACUCACUCAUCGUAUGAGGCGUUAAGAUUUGUUUCUGGGGUCACAACUACAUUCACUCCCAAAGCUGGUCUUAAGAUAAUAGAGUUGUACAUGGAAGGUUAUCGACAAGACUGGAAGCUUUCAUUUGAACAAGACACUGUGGCCAGAGGCGGCUGGCAGCAAGGUGGAAUAAUAGUUGCAGGCCCUGGUAAAAGUAACAUUUUGUACAUUCACAAGGAUAAAGAAGCUGGGGAUGAUCCAGAUAUCAAAGAUAUUCUCAAAGCAUGUUGUGGUUCGUGAAUUCUAGUUGUCUUUACCUUUGUUGAGUGAUCGUGGAUCCUAUGUCAAGUCAUUUCAAAUUCCUCAUCGAAUCAGUGCAUUCCUAACUAAUUAUUCUAAAUCUCGUGAUACUUGCAAA